AUGCCGCCCCAACAAGGUUACAUCUCUCGCCAAUUCGAGGCUCUUGAAGAUGGCGCCAAAACUCCCAUGGCCAUCUGCCGCCACUGCAAUGAUAAGAAGGUCGCAAGAAACAUAGUCGCCCGUAAAGUCGCCCAUCUUGCCGCCUGCGAAGCUUAUUAUACCUAUCUUCAAGCCUUGCUUGACGAUGACUCGACUAAUGCUGGAGAAAAGGAGCUGAGACAGAUUCCUGAUGAACUCAAGAUCAAGAUUGAGCAGCGUACUGAGCAGCCUUUGGUUGCCAAGACGAGCCAUGCGGCCGCCGAGGUCGCUAAUCAAGAAGUUCUCAAGUCUGACCUCGAUGAGACCCUCAUGCAAGCCAUCUUUCAUGGUAGUCUACCAUUCGAUGCUUUCGAGCCAAACAAACAUCCUCACAUCAUUCGCCUCUGCCGUAUGAUUAUGCCGGAUUUUGUUCCCCCUUCGCGUGCGCGUGUUGCCCAGACCAUGGCUGACAUGUCUGUUCGCUCUGUCGUACCAACUCAGCAAACUCAGCCCCCUGAGCAGUUCUUCACACCUCGUACGGAUCCUAUUGAAAGAGCCUACGCUCAGGAAGAGUCUGCUCGCGCCGCCCUCUCAUCUCGCAUCGUCAAUGACCUGCUCUCUCGCGCAACUCCGCAGUCUACCCCUGGAUCGAAACGCCCCUUCGAUCUUGUCUGA